AUUUCAACCGUCGCGCGUCGUCAGCAACUUAUUGCGUCUAUACAUCUAUACCCUGUAAACUGAGUUCGAAAUUGAAGCUGUCGGACACUUAUUGGACAUUAUUCUAGAGUUGGACACUCUACCUUGAUACCAGUGUCGUAACACAAGAUGGGUGACAAAAAAGAGUGGUUGAAAGCUGAUGUGGAACAAUUAAUUUAUUUAUAUCAAUGUAAACCUGAAUUGUGGGAUAUUACAAGUGAAAUUUAUAAAGACAAAUUAAAAAAACAAAAUGCGUAUAAGGAACUGGCAGAAGAUUUUAAUACUACAGUAGAAGAGAUUCAAAGAAAAAUUCAUAAUCUAAGAACUCAAUUCAAUAAUGAAGUAAAAAAACUGAAUAAAACAAAAUCUGGCCAGAGCACUGGUGAAGUAUUUAAAUGGCCGUACUAUAAGUCACUAUUAUUUCUGCAAGGUGGUUUAAUAUGUAGGCCAGCAAAAAGAAAUUUUGCAAUGAAAACUGAAGUGAAUGAGGCAACAAAUGAAAUGAACACUUCAUCUGACAUCCAAGGUACAUCACAGCCUGAGAAAGGGAAUCGUUCUUACCUUACGUCUGUAUGGCAAGACAAUGAAAUUAAUAUCAAGAAGGCGAGACGAACUGAAAUUUCAAAAGACGAUUUACUUAUACAAAAGGGUAUACGCACAUUGAAUGAAGAGGAGGAUCAGUAUGACAUUUUUGGGAAAUACGUUGCUUCCGAAAUGAGGAGUCUCUCUUCCGAAUAUUUACGUAAGAAGAUGAAAAGGAAAUUUCAGCAGGUUAUACUGGAGAUAAAUAUGGAGGAUGAGCUACUGUCAAGUCCAUCUUCUAGCCACAGUCCGCGUUCAGUUGCUUCGGCUGGUAUUGAUAUUUUGAAUCCACAAGUAAUUCUGGACAAGAUGUAAAUUUAUGACUACCACAACCUUAACAUCUUAAACACAGACGGAAACUGAAAGUUAUAAUAUUUCGACACAAUUUUAAUUACCUUAAGAGGCAACAUCAGCGCGUGGAAAAGAAGUUCCAAGAUUGCAGCUAAAUUUGGAAUAUUUUGGCACCCAUAUUCGUAAUAUAUAGUAAAUAAUGGCGGUACAGAGCCCAAUUUGAGAAAUAUAUUAGUAUGUGGAAAUUACUAUAUAAUUAAAUAAAAUAUUUAUUCGCUGUGAGCUUCGCUGGUAUCGCCAACUAGCGGAUUACUAGUUCAACUUCGGUUGGAAGUUUAUUUAAUUCUUAACGUGUAAUACUUACAACGCAAAGAAGUGAUUAGAUUGUAAUCGAUGGUUAAUAUUAGUAAGUACAGAAUUUAUGAUUCAUUAUGAUUAUUUUUUUAAGAUUUUACUUAUCAUUUUGACAUUAUAAUGACUGCGAAUAUAUUAGUUUAUUUCUUUCCUACUUCCGAUACUUUCAUAAUUAUCUUGUAGAUGGCGCUAGAUUAAUAGAUUAAUUAGAUUAUAAAAUGUUAUAAAACCAAAUUUCAGUAUUUAAAACGUAAGUAUAUUUAAGGUAAAAAUAUAUGCCACAGCUUUGGCCAACUAAUAUUUUUUCCUAUUAAUAUUUUUAAUUUCAAUGUUUUAAAUUAUUCACUUUGACAUUUAUGUAAAAUUUCCAACCGAAGUUCACUGACUUGCCACUGGCGCUCAGGAACUUUUAAGUAUCCCCUCUACCUACGAGCUCACAGUGGAUAAAACGAGUCAGUGCGGCCAUUAAUAAGAAGAACGAAAAAAUGCAUUUUCUUCAAAUAAACUUUUUUAUCCUAUGCCUAGAUUUUGUGUUACAUUGGAAUUACUAAAAAUCGAUAAUCUAUAACAAGAAAUCGAACUUGUCUGACUUGGCAACAUUUAGCGCGCCUAUGAGUUAAAUAAUUAUUGUUAUCAUACUAUUGUGUCUUCGUUUUUGAUAGUAUAGUGUCAUUAUCACUGUCGUACUGCCGACCAACUGUUGCCGCACUGUUGAGAGUUCGAAAAACUUUCGAAAGAAACAUAUUCAUGACGCGUUGAUGUAGCCUCUUAAUUAAUAUAAACUUGUUCUAAUUCUGAAAAAUUGCUCUGCAGACUUCAGAGCACAGUGGCAACAGUGGCGGAUCCAUGGGAGGGCGAUGGAGGCGAUCGGCCCACCCUCUUAAACCAAGUUAUAUAUAAAGAUUAUAAAAACAUUCAAUUAUUCAUUUAAAAUCAAAUUUAGCCAAUCGGACCCCCUCUUGACGAUGCUGGAACCUGCUGGAUCCGCCACUGAGUGGCAAUCCUGCAGUCUUUGUUAAAUAAUUGUUAUAAUUAGUUAAGUGUACAGUUUAGGAAGAAUUUAAUUAACGUAAAAAUUAAUUCUAUCUAAUAAAGAAAGACAAAAAGAAAAUAAAAAGGAAAUAAGAAUAAGAGCAACCUAACUUAAAUCAAUUUAAAGUAAAAUAAUGGGAGCGACAAAAUCGACAAGAAGAAAUAAUAGGUGCCAAAGAAGAAACAUUAGACAUUGAUGAAGAUUAAGAAGAGGACGAUUUCAGCUGAAAGAAUCAUAAAAACUAAAGAAGAAAGUGGAAAAGAAGGAAAUAAAGUAUUUUACGACUUUAAGUGUGUAACUGCGUACUGUAAUGUCAGACAUUCGUAGUUUUAAAACGGAGAUAUUAAGGGAAUAGUGAAAUGAAAGUGAUCUUGUAAUUCUUGUAAAAACAUAUAGUCCUGUCGCCAGGGGGUACAACGGCCUCCUUAAUUCGGAUGGACUUACCUAACUUUUUUUUAUGUAUUUUGACCCGUAGAACACGAAUUUUUUUAGUAACAGUUGAUCCAGAUGUCGAUAAGAUUGUUAUAAACAAAGAACUUGGGGAAUUACAUAACAGCUAUUUUUCGCAAAACAAAACAUUUUUUUGUAUUUUUUGGGUGAUUCUCAGCAAAAAAUGGUCUUACAAGUUUUUUCGUAGGAUGCAUAGUUUUCGAGAUAAACGCGGUUGAACUUUCAAAAAAUCGAAAAAGUGCAAUUUUUGAACCCGAAUAACUUUUUGAUUAAAAAAUAAAAUAGCAAUUCUGAUUACUGCAUUUGAAAGUUUAAGGCAAAUUCUAUAGGUUUUGAUUAUUUGCAUUGCUAAAAAUGAAGUUUUUAUUUGUUAAACAAAGCCAUAAACACAUAGUGUUUCCUGUGCCCAAUGCAUGCGUUUUAAUGUACGUAAUCUACUUAGAAAUUGUCUGUAUGCGCGCCUACUCGUUGGAUUUCAAAUGAGAAAUGCAUUGAAAACAUCAUUCAAUCACUAUGUGUUUAUAGCUUUGUUUAGCAAUAAAAAAAAUUAAUUUUUAGCAAUGAGAGUAAUCAAAACCGAUAGAAUUUGACUUGAACUUUCAAAUGCGGUAGCAGAUUUGCUACUUUAUUUUUCAAUCAAACGUUAUUCGGGUUCAAAAAUUGAAAUUUUUCGAUUUUUUGAAAAAUCAACCGCGUUUAUCUUAAAAACUAUGCAUCCUACAAAAAACUUGUAAAAACAUUUUUUGUUUAGAAUGACCCAAAAAAUAAAAAAAAAUGUUUUGUUUUGGGAAAAUCGCUGUUAUGUGAUUCCUCAAGUUCUUUGUUUAUAACAAUCUUAUCGACAUCCGGAUCGACUGUUACCCAAAAAAUUCGUGUUCUACGGGUCAAAAUACAUAAAAAAACUUGGGUAAGUCCAUCUGAAUUAAGGAGGCCGUUGUACCCCCACUGGCGACAGGACUAAUAAGUAAUCUACAGUUAUAUAGUUUGGAUUUGAUAAAAGUAAGAUAAUAAUGUUUAUAAAUUUUAAAUUAAAAUAAAUCUUUGGAUUAAGGAAGACUAUUAGGUAUAAGGAAGACUAUAACGCUUUUAUUAUUUUUUUUAAAUAAACUCAUUCAGUAACCAAAAUUUUUAUUUUUUAUAUUUAAGACAAUAACAUCUAGAUAAAAUAUAAUCAAUAUUUUGUAUAACAGUAAUUACAGACUCAUUCCUGUAUUUAUAAAAUUUGAAUGUUAUAUUAACAUGUUACAACAGUUGAUUACAAAUAUAUUUUUCGUGGUCCUCUAGUUUAUGUUUAAGUACAUUAAUAAAUAAAUAAGUUAUAUUUUUAUAGGUACCUAAUACUACGAAUAAUUU